GGCACUGCAGGGCUGCGCCGCAGCGGGACGUGCUCUUGGUCCCCGCGCUGCGAACCGCAGUCCGGGAUGUGGCGGGGACAGAGCAGCUAAAGGGGAUUUAAUUAUAGUUCACCUUGUUCUGCUGUGUGGGGACUAGGUGAAAUAGGACAGGGUGGUGACGUCAUUUUUUCUCUUAGAAAAUGGUGUAUUUUUCUCCCUACUCUCAGCUAACACUAACAUAACUUUAGCCAAAAAGAGACAAAAACUUUAGACAAAAAGAGACAAAUUGUUUGUGGUGUGCUAGAAGAGUUGUUAUUUGCACAUACGAUAAUCAUGUGAUGUCUAUUUUGUUUAUUACAUUUAAAAACAAAGGCGCAGUUAUAUGUGGAGCUCACUAGGCUGCUGGUGUGUAUUCCAUUCAGCCAGAUCAGUAGACUUGUAUUGCUGAUAGAAAAUCAAAUUAUUGGCACAUUAUUUAAUUAUGUGUUUUAUAAGGAUAGGUCUCAAACAGUAUGGUUUCUUUUUUUCUUUAAAAAUAGUUUUUAAAUUUCUGACAACUUAUAUCAAAAUUGCUAUGGAGGAUUUCAACUGAAAACUGCUUUUUAUGAACCACAACUUAAAAGGGCUAAGAUGGAUAGCACAGAGGAACCUCAGAAAAAAGUCUUUAAAGCACGAAAAACAAUGAGAGUAAGUGAUCGGCAACAACUUGAAGCUGUCUAUAAGGUUAAAGAGGAACUGUUGAAGACAACUGAAGUGAAACUGGUAAAUGGAAAACAUGAGAAUGGAGAUUCUGAUAUGAAUUCCCUUUUAAGCAACACAGACUGUGCGGAAGACAAGAAAGAAAUGAAUGGCCUAGUUGACUUGUGUGUUAACUCUGAAGAAGGAAGAACAGGUUGUGAUGAAAUUAAUGAGAGCAAAAGCCCUGAAAGUAGAGCAGAAAACAAUGACACAGAAUCCAAACCUCCAGUGCUGUCUUCAGAAAAUGUUACUCCUGAGCAAGCUAAAGAUAAUGAUGUUGCAGUAGAACGUGAGGCUGAAAAUGGAGUUGGUAGCAGUAAAGAUAACGUCCACGAAGAAAAUAAUAGAAAUGAUAAUUUGGACCAAAGAAAGAAUGAUAUCCCAUCAGAAGAUGAAAGUAAAUCAGUCUGUGAUAUUAAUGACUCUUCUGAAGAGAAGGUAGAAACAAAUGAUUUACCUGUGAAUUCCACUUCAUUUGGUGAGGGAAAGAGGACUGAAGAAGUAACUGUGGAAGAGGUGGUUGGAGAAGCAACCAUCUCUAGCAGUAUGGAAGCUGACCAGGAAAAACAAGAAGGCAGUGCAGGACUUUCAGAAACCACUGUUUCAAAGACAGCAGAUGAGCCAGGUGAAAGUAUCUUGGACAAUACUGAGUGUAUGGAAACAGAUGACAUUAUUCCAAUUUUGGAAAAACUAGCACCUGCUGAAGAUGAUCUGAGCUGUUUUUCUAAAAGUUCUCUACUUCCAGUGGAUGACACAGUCCCAGACUUAGAAGACAAAAUAGACAACUGUUUGGGUUCACCAUCCAAGCAGGAAAGCAAUGAAAAUCUGCCAAAAGAGGCUUUCUUAGUAUUGUCUGAUGAAGAGGAGCCCUGUGAUGAGAAGGAGGAACAUGUUGAAGUGGUACUACCAAACAAGUCAAGUCUUCCAGAAGAGGUGGAGGGGGAGAGCAAAAAGGAGUGUGAAGAUGAAGAAGGAGAAGAGCCCCACAAAGAAGAGGAGAAACAAAUAGAGAAAAGUGAAGCAUCAAAGAGAAAGCGUUCCAAAUCUGAGGACAUGGACAAUGUUCAUUCUAAGCAUCGUCGGUACAUGGCAGAAGAUUAUGAAGCAGAACUCCAAGUAAAAAUUACAGCCAGAAAGGAUGUUGACCUAAAAUUACAAAAGAUUAUCCAGAGGCUGUUAGAAGAAAAACUUAACGCUUUACAGUGUGCGGUAUUUGACAAGACUCUGGCAGACUUGAAAACCCGAAUGGAGAAAGUGGAAUGCAACAAGAGGCACAAAACUGUUCUUACUGAAAUGCAGACUAAAAUUGCAAGAUUGACAAAGCGGGUUGGAGCAGCCAAGGAGGACUUGAAGAAGAGACAAGAAAAUGUGGCAAAUGCACCUGUGUCUCCAGGGAAAGCAGCACCUGACACUGCAAAUGUAAACAAUGCCACGUAUCGAAAUGCUGGCACAGUGAGGCAAAUGCUAGAAUCAAAGAGGAAUGUAGGAGAGAGCACACCAGCAACUUUUCAAGCUCCUGUGAAUCCAGUGCCUGCUCCCAGUCUUGCUGCUCCUCCAGCAGUUGUCAGUGGACAGCCUAAGCUUCAGACUCCAGUGUCCUCCAGCAGCUCUUUGACAACAGCAGUGCUUCCCACAGCUAACACGGCUACGGUCGUAGGCACUAACCAAGUGCCCACUGGCAGCACUCAGUCAGUGUCUGUCUCCUUGCAGUCUUUGCCCGUAAUCCUGCAUGUACCUGUGGCAGUGUCAUCCCAGACUCAGCUUCUGCAAGGCCACACAGGGACUUUGGUCUCUAACCAGCAGUCAGGCAACGUUGAAUUUAUAUCUGUACAAAGCUCGUCUACAGUUGGUAGUCUUACCAAAACUACAGUGUCUUUGGCAUCAACUAACGCAACUAAACCAAAUAACAUCCCACAUGUGCCCAGUCCUGGUAUUCAGAGGAACUCUACAGCCAGUGCUGGGUCAGUAGGCACAACGUUGGCAGUACAGGCUGUUCCUACUACACAUCCUGUUGCCCAGACCACAAGGACUUCUUUGCCCACAGUGGGUACUCCAGGACUUUAUAAUGCGACUGCCAGUCGACCGCCCCUACAGAUGAAGUUUCCUCUCACUACAUUUAAUAGUACAGCUCCUGCUGAACCACCCACUGUUCCACCACCCAAGAUUGAAAACCAGACAAGCAGGCCACCAACAGAUACUUCGGCAAACAAGCGACCUGCUGAGGGAACAACACAGCAGUUGAAACAGGAAGAGACUUCAUCAGAAAAUAAAGAAGCAGUAGAAGCAGCACAGACGAAUUUUAACUUCCCUGAGGAUGUCCUCUUUGGCUUGGAGGAAGAGGAAGAGGAUGCUAAGAGCAUCAAAAACACCCACAAGCAGACUGGCUGGGCAGCUAACCUAUUAAAGCAGUGGUUGGCCAAAAAUGGCAAGGAUCCUAGCUUUGAAUUGGUCCCAGUAAGUGAACUCAAUGAUAUCUUAAGAGAGUUUUAUUACACUGUAAGAAACCAUGAUGGAAAUACCUACAGUGUGGCAAGCUACAAGUCAAUGCGUGCCGGCUUAAACCGGCAUCUCAAAAUGCCACCUUACAAUCGUCAGAUUUGCUUAAUGAAAGACAAAGAGUUUGCCAGUGCAAACAUGGUGUUUGUGAGCGUGCUGAAGAUGCUGCGCAUGCAGGGGAAGGAUGAGACUCACCACCAUCCUCCUAUAGCUGCCGAGGACUUGCGUAAGAUUAAGCAAUCUGGCGUGCUGGGUUUGCACAGUCCCCUGGCACUCGUCAACAAGGUGUGGUUUGAUUUGCAGUUGCAUUUUGCCAAGAGAGGGAGGGAAAUUCUAAGAGAUCUGGCUCCAGAUGCAUUUGUUGUUGAGAAGGACAAGAAUGGGCGUCGAUAUGCUAUGUUCAGAUAUCCUGGCAAAGGCAAAAAUGGAGAAGAUCCUCAUAAAAUGGGUAAAAUGUAUGAUAUGCCCGGGGACCCAAACUGUCCUGUUUUUUCCUUGGAACUUUAUUUGUCCAAGUUGCCUCCAGAGCCCCCUGCCUUUUACCUGCACCCUCUAAAGCUAACGUCAGAGCAAAUGCAAGAGCAGCCUGUCUGGUACAAAAGAGAACCAAUGGGUGUGAACUACCUGGGUACCAUGAUGCCCAGGAUAAGUGUGGCAGCCAGGCUCUCUCAGCGGUACACCAAUCAUUCUCUCCGAACUACCACCAUCCAGCUACUCUGUGAAGCAGGACUGGGGCCUAGGGAAAUAAUGGCAGUGACAGGCCAUCGCUCUGAGUCUGCUGUUAGGCACUACUGGGGAUCUGCAGAGGUUCGCUGCAGGGCCUGGUCAGAUGUCGUGGAAAAUAACGCCCCCAAUUAUCGGUAUAGCAAGAUCCCGAAUGAAGUGAUAAAAGAAUCAGUAUCUGGUGCUUCCACCUCUUCUGUAAAACAUGUUGUUCUAGAACAAAACAAAAUUGUAUUCCCUACAAAAUCUGUGGUGCCACCUGGCACUAACUCUGUGGCUUCAGUCCCUGAGGGACGCCCAGCUCUGAAUUGCAAAAGCCCGGUCCUGUUGAACCGCAGUUCGUCCAAGCUGUUUCUCCCCAAGAGCAUGGCCAGUGGGAACCUCACUGCCGGUCCCCUGCAAGGCUGUUGUAGCAAACCUGUCUUUAUAAAGCGUGUGAUAAAACAAGAACCAAUGACUUGAUGCUUCUGUAAAAGAACUGAUUUUGGAUGAGUUGCUAAAGUGGAAAAAUCACCUGAUUUUUUUUACUUGGUUUACUAAGGAAAUUUCUUAUGGUCUAAUUCAGCAAGAAGUAUUCUGUUCGUGUUUGAGAUGUGAGCUAUGGAGCAGAAAUUUAAACAGAGCAGGGCUUGGAGUUUGUAUGACUUUUUGUGGCAUCUGGACUCUUCCAAGUGGCUGAGCAGAGCUAUUUAAAAAACAUUCAAAGGAGAUACUAAUUUCCACUUAGUUGAAGAUAUGCUUUCUUCACCGAGUGUGGCUUUUAUAUUUUGUGAAGAGUGUUAUUUAUCAUACCAUUUUGUGCCUGCUGGCACUAAUGUAGCAUCUUACAAAUCAAAUACUUGAUUACUAGAGUACCAAGAAAGUAGGAGCUGAAUGAAAUAGACACAGGUGCAGUACAAAUAUAUAUGCAUGAAAACACCUGGAUUUGCUUAACCACUGUCACCCUCUGUUCAAAUUGUUAUCAGACCUACCAGAAGACUGUGCCUUUAUUUUCUUUUUUUUCAAGCCUUCUUCUAAAUUAAUUUUCUCAAUUAGCUGCAGAUUUGCAUUGCAGGGCUUUCUUUUUCCUUUUUAAUAUUUUUGGCUUAAGAUUCCAGUCAUUCUGUUCUCUGAGGGCACUAUUGAUACGUGUGGUAUUAAAAUUGGGAUCUCUUUGGUUUUGCAUGAAAUGGGGAAAACGUUCUUGAAAGAGCUGAAAACAAUUUCCUGGCUUAAAUGCCAGGUAAUUAGUGUUUGUGUUGUCUCUGUGCCUAACUUGUGAGAUCUGGUUUUUUUUUUUGUAUUUCCUCCCACCACCCAUCUUCAUUACAUGUCACAUCAUCUUUGCACUCUAGUCUUUGUCAGUAUAUAUAAUUCACAAGAAAUACAUCUUGUUCUUCCCCAUUGAACCCUGUCCAAAUACUAUUUUUGGUUUUAACUUCUUCAGAUUAGUAAACUGACAAGUAAACUGACAAGUAAACUGUGAUUAUCUUUUCCAUAGAUUUUUUACAGGUUAGAAAUUCUCAAUAUAGUGGAUGUGAAUAAUUAUCAUCAUAGAUUCUGACAAGAGAUCUUCUUGUAAAUAAAAAUAGAAAACUGGUUAUAGAAUCACAGAUUAUGGUUGGUCCCCUUUGGAAGAAGAAACAGUGUAGCAUUUAAAACUGUUUUCCAUUAUAUUAACAAUGAAAUAUAAAUUGCUUUAUCCUUUUUAAAUGUGUGUACACACACACACAUGCACUUCACACUCAAGGUUUAUCACACUAAAGACUUCACUUGAAGUGUUGAUGUUGCUCAACAAUGACAAAAUAGAGGGAAUCUCAGCUGAAAUGACAAAUUGACCAUGCUAAACUCGUAAUUCUGUGGAGAACUUCUCUUGUUGGGAUAGACUCUCAAAUUCUGAAUGAGGUUUGUCGCUCUGUUACAGUGUAUAGUUGAUACAGACUCUGCUAUAGUCUGUACAGAGAAGUUGAUGCCUGAAUUUUGGAGUUACUAUCUUGGCUGAUAAUGUUUAUCUUUGUGGCCUUGUGUAGAUUAUUCAUACUUAACUGCAUCAAUUUUCCAAAGUCUAAGACCAACACAGUAUUCCAUUUUCUAAUGGAUGAUGAUAAAGGUUAAAAGUCUUUAGUGAUCUUAAACUCAUCUAUGAUUGAGAUAGUUGAUCAGAUAUAAUUGUUAAUAUAGAAAUUACUUCUACACAGUCCUACAUACUUAAUAGGAGUGUUAAUUUAUGACUGGAGGAAAGAAAGUAUGGAUCAUUUUGUCAAACCUAAAGUAAAUCAGUUAAAGAUGUGGUAGAAAAAGUGAUCCUUUCAAAUGGUGAGAAGAAAAAGUGAAAAAACAAAGGGCAAAUAGUUGUCAAAAUACAGAAGAACUGUGCAGUAACUUUUUCUAGGAUAUUUUAGGGUAACAUAGAUUUCCAAAUUUAAGGGAUAUUGGCAUUUAACAUUUAUUCUCAGAAACAAGUAAAGUAUGUUGCCAAGAGAUGAUUCUGUGUUCCCUCUUGCUGCAUGCUGUGGUCAUACUGACCACAUGCCCUGCUCUGGUUCUGACUGCAUCUGAGGGACUUUGUGCAACAGCAGAUUGCUGAUGGCUUCAUUUGUCAGCACAAAUCUAGCUGGUGAUUAAAAUAGAAAAAGGGACUCUCUUGGCCAAUAUUGGCAUGUCUCUCAUUCUUUUUGAUUAUCAUUUGGCUUCUAACUUGACUUCCGUUCUACUGGCUUAUAAUUGGGCAUUUUUGGAUUCUCAUUUGUUAAAUUUUAAUUCUGUUGGCAACAGCUGUGAGUGUCCUCCUGUUACCUUCAGUUUGAACCUGAUACUUCAAAGCUACUGACUGCAGUAUUACUACCCUCCGGGUUUUAGUAUGGGAGAAUUAUUAUUUUUUUUUUAAAUGAGAGAGUAUUCCUCCUUUGGCCUGGAAGUAUUAUUUCUUCACAAGACCUGGGAUCAUUAUUUACUAAGCUUUCUGGUAAACUUUGAAUUAUUUCUAGUUAGUAGAACGUCUUUCUAGCCUUCCAGAACUGAAAAAAAUCUUUCUCCUGUUUCCCCUCCCACCUAAGGUGUUAAAUGAAUCUUUCCUACAUGUAUUUUAUUUUUAGAAAAACUGAAGUAAACCAAAUGCAUAUUCUGUAGCUUUUGUAAAGUAAAUUUUGGCUGUGAGUACAGUGAUCUGGGGAGCAGGGAGUCAAGUUUCAAGUCAGUGCUGCUCAUGGCAGUAUAGGUUAUUCUGUGUGAACAUAAUGAAAUUUUGAUUUCUAUCAAAAUUGACUUAUACUCAGUUGCAGUAUCAGCGAAAAACUUCAAACAGCAAGGUAACAGAGUUUUGGGGUUUUUUCCCAUUAUUUUCCACUCUAAGUGAAUCUGUUUGGUGAACCAACAGUUUAAGUAUAGUGUGUUUGUCUAAACUUAGAUUUAUGCUUUGGCUGCCGAUUUAAUGCUAAAUCAUCAGUCAUUUAAAAAUCACUUUAAAAAAUCUGAAUAUAACAAAUAUUCUUUGAAAGAAAUUUAUCUUCUAUGAUUCUUGAAUUUUCUAAUUAGAUCUUCUCCUAAAAUAUGACUGUUUUAUUUCAGUUUUAAAAAAAUCCCUAAAAGCAAAACCAACCAACCAAACCCCCCCACCAAAAACACCAAAACCAACCAACCAAACAAAACAAAUGAAAACCCCAAACAAACAAAAACCAAACCAGCACUUAGACAAGGUCAACUAAAUUAAUACUGACUGCUGUGUUAUUGAUUAAAUUCCAUUCUCUUUGAUGGAGAUGACCCUGAAAACAAUGGAGAAAUACUGGUUCCUCAUAUAAUGCUUCCAUAAAUUUAGUUUUGCAUCUCAUUUUCAUAAUUCAGCUUUGGUACUGGUGUUGUGAAUAUAGAUCUUGUUUUCCCUGUAUUUUCCUGUUAAGUUUGGAAAUCUCAGCUAUUAUUUUAAGGAGUACUCUUAUUAUUUUUGUUUUUAUGAAGUUGGCAUGGUAUCUUAAAGUAUGUCAAAUUUUCUUUGCUUAAUUGCACCUUCUCUGUAUCAUGUGAAGAGCUCCACUGUGCGCAGUGUCAAAUACCUGAAGGCAUUGGAAGGAUGCUUUGAAAUUGAAUGUCUUCUUGGGUUUGUUGUGAUUUUAGUCUAGUAUCUCUGGUUAUCUUGAACUGAACAGUUUCUCAGUAGUUGCUGUUUAGUCAGUAUAGUCAAAGAUUUCAGUAUGCAGCUUGGACGUGUGAUUUUGCUGUAUGACUGUUUCUUAUUUUCAGCCUCUCUCUGUGCUUCUUGCUCCAAAAGGAGUGUCUGCAGGGAUGUGGAAGGGACAUCUUACUACUUGUAUUAGUCUUUCCUCUUCAGCGUUUUUCUGUGUACACAGAAAAUUGAAGAGUUGUUAUUUAGUCCCAGUCAUUUUACCAAUGGCCAUUCCAGUGCCUCAGGUCCUUGAGUUGCAUUUCUGAAGACAUGACAAGCACUUUUACUGUAUUGGGGCGAAUGUUAUUGUUACAGAGGCAAAGGCAUUUUUAAUUAUAUAGCAAAACUUUAGAAUGGUUUUAAAGUAUUUUAGUAUGAGUCCCAGUUAUAGAUACAGGAUUUAUAUAUAUUAUAUAUGAUAUAUAAACAUAGCUAUGGUAUACUGAGAGAACUAUAAAGCAGUUUUAUUACACUGUAACCUAAAGUAACAGUGAACAAAUCUUAACAGGGUUUGAUGUGUUGAAAAUGUCUGGCGUAAGUCAAUCUUGAAGAAUGUUUGCAUUAUAUUUAUUAAAGCACCAGAUCAGGUGAAUAGUCUUUUUUUUCCUGUUUCCUACUUCAUGUGCCCCUUAUCCUCUUCAGGAGUAAAUCUGUUUUCCAGUGUAUAUUUCAUCUGUGCAUUUCACUUUAUAGCUACUGUUAGAUUGUUAAAUGAAAGUCCACCAGUGUCCUAUCCAUUUCCCAUUGUUUCUGACAUACCUUGAUUUCUUUGGUUGAACUACAGAUUAAUUUAAGCUAUUUUGCUGACUAUUGGAAAUUCAUCUGGUAAAACAUUAAUAAAGUACAUUUAUAACUCCUAUCUCUUUACUCUGCAAUGUAUAACAAACUUUGUGAGUGUCUCUUGAGAAAUAAUGUGAGCAAAGUGGAUAUGUCAGCUUACAAUUUAUAAGCAGCUAUUAAUUCUGUGUUGUUGAAGCAUUAUUGAUGAAUAUGUUUCCUUGCAUUUCAUGGUUUUGUCACUCAAAAUAAACCUAUAUAGUUGUAUAUGUAAAAUGGGCUGCUUGACUUUUGUCUCUGACCCUGGGAUUAUGUUCGGGCUGUUUAAAAUGCCACUAGCUGUUUUCUGUGAAGUGGAACCUUUGCUUGAGACUAAUUAGAAAACUAAAUUAUAAAGUUGUUAGCAGGAUGUCAUGUAGCUGAAUUGGAUGGCUAUUUUAAGGAACAUGGUUAAAGUGAAUUCAUUCUCAUAUGACUUUUAAACUGAUUAUCGUUCCCUGUGACUGUGUGCGUGUUACUUAAACUACCCUCAGCUACUGAAUGCAGCUUUUAAUGGUAAAUAUACUUAUAUAUCAUAGCUUAAAUUUGUCAUUUGAGGCCAAAAAUUUUGGAAGAUAUAUUAAAACUAUCUCACUGAUUAUGCCGUUACUCUGGGCAUGGUUAAUAGCUUUUAAAAGCAGCAGUAAACUAAUCUGAAAAGUGUUAUAAAUAUAUUUCCUGUUCAAUAAGAUGGCCAUCCCACAUGAUACUGUUGGGAAACUGUCAGUGAGUCUUGGGGAAAUAAGGUAGAUGUUUCACCUUCAAAGAGUAAGCACCAGUAAAGAGACGUGUGUGUGUGCAUGUAUGUUUGUGUUCAUUAUAUACCCUUUUAACUCUCUGAUAAAGCAAAAAGAGAAUCACAGCUGUAGAAAAUCACUUCUAGCAUUGUGUCAAGUGUUUCUUUGUAAUUUCUAAUCAGGACUAGGAUUAACAGCAUCUCAAACCAGCUUUUCUGGCAACCAAUCCCUUCUUUGUGUUCUUGUUAAUAGGGGUAGCCAAGCAACAUCUGGUCUUUGCACUGAAGAAAUGAGAGGGUAUAUAAUACUUUGGGGUUGUUGUAACUCGUUUUUCUUUUUUUUUCCAUGCUAGCAUUGUUCUUCUUCUGUAGAAAGUGUUGCAUAGUACCAGUUAAGGGUAAAGGGAAUGGAGCAAUCAUGUGAAUGCAACACAUAAGGUGUCUGUUAAGUGUUUUUGAGUAUUACACAAAUAUGUGUGAAAUUUUGUUUGUGUAAACUUUGAUCUUGGUAAACUGCUUCCUUUAUUAUAUUAUUAUUUUCCUUUUUGUCUUGGUAAGAGAUGAAAAAUAUAUUUGGUAUCUGGUAGAGUAGAUUUUCAUGACAUCUUUGCAAGGCUGGAAUAAUUACUUCAAUUUUGUGGGAGUUACUGCAUUGGAAAAUAUAAUGGUUGAGGAGUGAUAAAUCUGACACUGAAACAGUCUGGCUGAAAUAUGCUCAAAAAUGUAUAAAAAUAGUUUUCACAACUGCUUAAACUGUGUUUGAAAUCUGUAAUUUAGUAUACAAAUGACUCAAAAUGAUUUAUUAACCUUAUAAUUAUGCAUACAAACACAGUGUUGCCACCCUCUCUACAUGCAUCCCAUUCCCAAGACAUAUUUUUAACAUCACUCCCCAUCAUUUAAGAUUGAUUUUGCUAUUAUAUAACGCCUUGGUGCGUCAUGUAUUGUUGUGGUGGUGUGAUGCUUCAUUAGUUGUCUGGUUUACAACCUCCAGAUUUUUUUCUAGUUUGUUAUAGUAGAAACUGUUAAUAAAAUUGUUUGCACUAUGUCAGUGUGCCACACAUAAUCUUUAGGAUUUUGAUCUUUACUACUCUGAAUUUUUUUUUUUUAUUUUGCAAUGCAUUUUUUCCCCUUAAUUUUUCACUUUUACAUGCUGAAAUGUUCCUUUAUGAAAAGCAGGUGGCAUUACAAGCAAUAACCUUGUUAUCUCUUUGUGAUGAACUGAACUGUGGCGUUAUAUAAUACCAAAACUUUUUAAAUCAUGUAUAUCAUAUGUGAAUAGAGAAUUGCAUAUUCAGAACUUUCUUCAAAAUACCAACUUGCAGCUUUUGGUUUUUCAUUUAGUACAAUACAUGUGCAUGUUGUUGAGUUUAAUGGUUUUAAUUAAUUACUAAUGUGGCUGCACUGAUAGAAAGGUGUUAAGAUGGCAUCAUCUGUUCUUCUGCAGAGAUCAGCUGAAGCAGUUUCAUCUUGUUGGCUUCCUGUGUUUAGAGAUAGCUAAAAAGUGAUAGCAGACCAGAGUGCUUUGACUACACUUUUCUGCUUUACGGGUUUCUACCCAAAUGCUUGCUGAAAUCUGAUAUUAGGAGCUGAAAGACUUGCUCUGUUGUUUCUGGUUUUUGUCACAAAUGAAAGUGUUCUUCAUGUAUGAUUGAAAGUCCAUGCCAGGCUCCCCCUUGACUUCAUCAGGGCUUCAAGCAUUCUGCAAUUGGGUUUUAAUUUUGCUCAAAGCAGGAUGUCUGAAUCUCCAUUCUGAUGUGUAACAUGGCAAUCUUCUCCAAAUAAUCCUGUUCCUUCCUUUUAAGGAAGAAAAGAGCAGCUGUUCCUCUGUAAUCUUUCCUCAAACUUGGUUCUGUUGUAAACUGGAGUUUUCACAAGUCCUUGUACUACAAAAAGUUUACCUCAGAUAAUUUCUGGGUAAAAUAUUCAUGAUACUAAAAAAGGGUGGUUUUGUUUUCUGGCUUGGUUGGGCACAGGGUUUUCGGAAAACUCUGUAUUACUUGUAUUUCACAGAGAUGAUGACCUGUUGUUAAAUUUGUGGGACUUACCCAUUCUGGUGCUGUCAGUACUCCAGAAACAUCUGGGAUAAGGUGCUAACUCAGAGCAUGGAGGUUUUUAGUUUUACCAUGGGAAAGUGUGGACCAGUCCUCUUAAAAAUGCCAGUUUGUCUCGAAUUUCCUUUUCAUUCUCGAAUUCGAGAUAUCUGCAAGUGUCUGAAAACUGUGUGUGACAACACUGUGGGAUAUAGAGAUGGAUACUCCUCCUCCUUAGGAGUGGAGGUGGAUGCUGCAAAUAGUCAAAAUCCUGACCUUUAUGACAGGCAUGAUGAGCAGUCUGUCUUGUGUGGGGAUACCCUGCCUACACCAUGCUCCUCUAGGCAGGAAACACAAUGUUCAGUCUUUUUGGUUUUUCAAGUUUCCUUAAGAUACUCCUAAAUUUCAUUUGAGGGAAAUGCAUGGUUGAUGAAAUAGGGGAAUCUGGCUGGGGAUACAGUACUUCAUGGUAUGCAGUGAUGUUUUUCUCAGAACCAGGACUGGGGGUGUACCAGAGCCCUGCUCAAAGGCUGCCCUGCAGAUCUGCAGUUUCUAGGCUAGGCUGCAGAAAAAACCUGACUACUUCUGGAGAUUGAUGUCCAAAGUCAUUUAGUAAAAAGCCUUGAGUAGUGUGACUGGCCAAGAGAAGGUCUUCCUUCCUGAGAAUUGCAUGUAUGAGACCUUGUUGGCAGAGUGGAUUUAAUAGUUGCCUGCUCAACUAACUCAAUAUUUUGGCCUUCCAGACACAUCAAAAUAAAGAAAUGCAUGCUGUGACACUUGCUGACUUGGAAAUUCAAAGAGCUUUCUCAAUUGGCACAGUCAAGUAGGGCUUCAAAACAGUUAGCUGUCAUACACAGUAUUUUAGUAAGGAUUUUGAUUUCCUUGCAGAGAAAGAAUUGAAAGGAAAUUACUUCACACUAAUGUAUUUUUUAGUGAGAAGAAAUUAAUAGCUUGAUAUUAGAGAUUUUUUUCUCUAGGUCCUUUUAAAUCUCCCUCUCCAUUUUUUCAAUCUGCUUUCUCCUGGCAGAGAGAGCCAUGGUUCAAAAUACACAUUGUUGACUGGGAAGAUCAUCCAGUUGGAAUGAAAUUCCUCUUGACUUUAUGUUAAUCAAUUUAUCAUUGAUUAUUAUGUGCCUUUUUCUGAAGCUUCAAGUGGUUAAAUCAGCUCAUACUAAGAAACCUGAAGCUAGAAAGUUUUAAAUAGCUGCCACUCAACAGAAAAAUUCCAUGGUUAAUAAUUCUGAAAUUCAUUUUUUUAUCUUUAGGAAAGAUGAGAUGAGUCCCUAUAGAGAUUUCUUCUAUCACCUGUGAACCUAAGUAGUUAGAUAUUUCUUACUUAAAUGUGGUAUUGUAUUUUAUUAGCAGAAUUUCAUCAGAACUUAAGGCAAAAAGAAGUCUUGUUGUAAUAAUGGAUAAUAAAGAGAACUGUCAUGUCAGGCACUCCAGAUUGAGUGACUGAUAAUUCAGGCAGCUUCUGCUUGCAUUUAGUAAUCAUACAGUCCCUCUUCUUGCCUCUCCUUGGAGCUUUGCCUGUGUGAGAAUUGCCUUUCAGACUUUAUUAAAGGCUUAGUUUUACCCAAAUUAAAGGUCAUAGAGCAGAUAAUCUCAGUGGUUAGGCUUGGUGCAUCUGUCACCAUCUGACUGCACAGAAAAAUCUUUACUAUUCAUAGGGUGUAUCAUGUCAGCAUUUGUACAGACCAUGUGGGUCUGAUAACUUAAGCCUUUUUCCAUAUUAAUUGCUCAGAGAUUUUUGAUGAUUGUGGUGCUUUUGUAACUCUUUGUCUGUCCUAAGGAAACUUGUUGACUCUAAUCCAUAAAUCUGUAGCAGUUAAGUCCAACAAUAAGCGAUAAUCUCUUUUACAUAACAACAACAAAAAGAAGGAACCUCAACUAAUUUUUGUAGCAAGUUUAAGGAAGUAGAAACUCAUACAAUCAUGAUGUUUUCCUAUAAAGUAUCUUUAAAACCACAGAAAUAUAUAAGACCUCCCCCAUAUUUUUCUCAUCACAUAAGGUAAAAUGUUGAUGAUCUCUGCAGUCUGACCAGCCAAGGCACAGGAGUUAUCUAGAAGAUAAAUCUUGUUUGGUGGUUUUCCAGGGUUUUUUAUUAAAACAUUUAACCUGGGCAACAGCUUAAAAGAUCCCUUCAUGCUCUCUAAAGGGAAGGUUAAAAAUAAGUUUGUAUGUAGAAUUAUAAAUUUAUCAUAAUGGAUGAGAAUGCAAUAAUGAAAUUACUGAAUACAAUUGGAGUUUCCUGAUGGCUUUUGAUGUCUUUUGUAAGCAUACAAGUUCCAGUGUAGCUUUCCCUUUUUCUUAAUGUGGAGUCAGUGUCUUUGUAAGUACACAGGCAAAGCUGUCUCAUAGAUGAGUAUGAGUAUAGAUAAGUCCUGAUGACUGCUCUGUCAGAAAGUUACACCACUACAGAGGAAAGGACCAGAUUAACAUGUUAGGAGUCAUAGUUGAAAUACUUUAUAACAGCAAAUUGUUAUGCAUUUACCUGUAAAACAGGAAUAUGCUCCUAUUCAUCAGGGGCUUUUACUCCUUACAAAGCUGAAAAUACUGUAAUACUUCAAUACUUUUUACUGCAAUACAGUCAUUUGGCUAUUACCCAUUUUUCACGUCCUGGGAUAUCUGUCUGAAAUCACCUUCUCUUGCUUAUUUAAUCAGUUCCUUUCUAAUAAGUAUCAAUUCUGAGACCUCUCCUUCUCAAUGUUUAAUAUAUGUCCCUUUUCCACCUAUGUUCCCUGGAUUUGCUUUUGCAAAACAAAGGAGUUUUGUC